AUGGGUUUUUCGUGUAAAAAGGAGAAUCAAGAUGGCGAAGUUGAACGUUUCAAGGCAAGAAUAGUUGUGGCCAAAGGAUUCUCACAGAAAUUCGAGGUUGACUAUGAAGAAACUUUCGCACCGGUGGCCAAGUUCACAUCGAUUCGUGUGGUGCUCAGUAUGGCGGCCAAGUACGGCCUAAUGCUACAUCAGAUGGACGUCAAGACAGCGUUUCUUAACGGCUCCCUCAACGAAGACAUCUACAUGGACCAGCCGGACGGAUACCUGGAUGCAACACAGCCGGACUAUGUGUGCCGAAGCUAA